UUUUCCAUCGGAAUGGUUCAAGUCAGUGUCGAUGUCUAUUAAGAUUUCCAAAGCAGGAUUUCACAGAGAUCUUCAAUACAGUGUUCAGUGGAGCAAAAUCGAUCAUGAUGUCAAAGCUUUACUAGUCCAACAGCUGCCCAGUGGAGUUUAUAUGGAUGAAUAUCAGCUGGAAACACUGAGACGCGACACGGGUUUGGAGGUUCUUCUGGACUCAAAGGUUGAUGUGGAAGCUCCAGAGUAUUUGUCCCCUGGUUUCACGGCGCUGGUUUUUCUGUCAGGAAGGCGCGAGGCCGCGGUUCCCGUUCACGGCCGAUAUCACAGACCGUCAGCCUCCAGCAAGCGGGUGAAAGUAGACCUGGAUCCAGCCAGACUGUUGCUCAGAUCAGAUCAGUGCCGCACACCGAGGGCAGGUUUGCAUCGUGUCGUGGUCGAGGCUCCCUGUACCUUCAGCAGCCACAGCAUCUGCUCAUGGACGGAGAUCCUGGAUCUAGAGGAUAGCGGUGGAGUGAGUCUGGAGCUGGCGGUCGGUGACUCGUCGAUGCUCCUCACAGUGUGUGCGGGGACUGUACUGACGGCUGUACUGAGCUGUGUUUACCUGCUCCGAAACAUCUGGAAACACGGCAGCUUCUGAUCAGAGACUGUGAGAUGAAGCUCCGGGAUACGGCUCCACCAGGGUUUUACAGAAAUGUGCAUGAAUGAAUAUGUUAUCAUAGUGGAUUAAUAAUUUAUUACUGCAAUUGUAAAUAAAACUGAAUG